GAUAGUUUACCCUAAAGGGAAAAGGCGGAGCGUCUCGGCAACGAUCCCGCCCGGCGAGGGUGCGUCCUGCGCCCCCGCCCUUCCCGCCGCGGGAGGCAGGGCCGGCGGAUUCCCUCCUCCUCCUCCGGGGCGCCGCACAAGAUGCCCUUCGUGGAGCUGGAGACCAACGUGCCGGCGGCGCAGCUGCCCCGCGACCUGCCCGCCCGGCUCAGCGCCGCCGCCGCCGCCAUCCUGGGCAAGCCGGAGGAGCGAGUGGCGGCGACGGUGAAGGGCGAGCUGGCGCUAUCCAUGGGCGGCUCGGCGGCGCCGGGCGCGCUGCUCUCGGUCUGGGCGGUGGGCGCGGUGGGCUCGGCCGAGCAGAACCGGACGCACAGCGCGCGCUUCGCCGAGUUCCUGGCCCGCGAGCUGGGGCUGGGCGCCGACAGGAUCCUGAUCCGCUUCCAGCCGCUGGAGCCCUGGCAGGUGGGCAAGAAGGGGACGGUGAUGACCUUCCUGUGACGGGCGCCCCUCCCCCCCCCGGCAAUAAAGCGCUGCGCCCACCGCCUCCGCCUCUGCCUCGGGGCCGGGAGGGAGGGAGGGGGGGAGGGAGGGGGGGAAGGGCGGCCAGGAGCGCGGGGAAACGGGCGGGUCAGCCGUGGACGGACGGGGGCGGCCGCCCCUCGCUUCCCCGCAGCCCCCCGACCCCGACCCCGCGCACCUCCUCCGGCUUGCCCAGGCUCCCCGGGCGCCUUCCAGCCUGGGAAAGAAAGGGCCGGGCGGGCCUCUCCGCGAGUCUCCCGGAUUCUUUUUAUUUCUUUCUUUUUUUUUGUCACAACUGUAUACACAAACAAUUGUCAUACAAACAUGUAUUGAAGAAAAUACAUAAGUAAAAAUAUGCAUCAAUAAUAUUAAUUUGAUAUAAUGAAGGGAACUGAUGCGGGGGUGGAAGGAGUCGUGGGCCCAGCCGGCUUCCCUGGGAGAAGGAAGCGCCGUCGGAGGUGCCUGGCCCUGGACUCGCCUCGGCGUAACCGGCGUUUCGGCUUCCAAAGACUUCUGGGCAGGCUGGGACGCCGGUUUCUAGGCGCUGGGCCCCGCUUCGUCAGGUGGCAGCCGGGCUGCGUGUGAAAAGAAGGCAGGCAGAGGUUCCUGGGAGUUGGGGGACCAGCCUUUGCGCCCCUUGGUCCCGCAGUCUUGCCCCAGCCGCAGAGAGACCGAGUCGGUUCCCUCCCGGUGGGACGGUGGCCGGGUGUGCAAAGGGCUGCCUGCUAACUGGGAGGACAGGUCAGACGACCGGUUGCAGGGGUGACCCUGAGGAGGGGCACGGUCCUUUCCCCUUAGCCUUGCCCUCUUCAGCAGGCCUGAGCUCCCCCAUAGGCUCUUCUCUGCCCUUCCAACAACUCCAGGUUUACACCUCGGAAGAGCAGAGCGGCACUCUGCUAUUUCAUGGGUGGGUGGGGAGGAUGUGUGUCUGCGUGAAUCCUCUUUAACAAAUCCAUUUUAUUUAUUAUGGGUUUUAGCCAUCAAAAAUCCCUUUAAUCAAUAUCUUGAAGUCUAUAGUUAGCCAUAAUUAACUCCCCUUGAAGGUUCAGAAUGCAGCUGCGCAGGUGAUAGAGGGAGCCGCUCGUGGCUCCCAUGUAACACCUCUCCUGCGCAACCUGCACUGGCUGCCUGUGGUCUUCCGGGUGCACUUCAAGGUGUUGGUUACCACCUUUAAAGCGCUCCAUGGCUCAGGACUGGUUUAUUUAUGGGACUGCCUGCUGCCACCGUUUGCCUCCCAUCGACCUGUGCGCUCCCAUAGGGAGGGCCUCCUCAGGGUGCCGUCAGCCAAACAAUGUCGGCUGGCGGCCCCCAAGGGGAGAGCCUUCUCUGUGGUGGCUCCCACCCUCUGGAAUGAGCUUUCCCCAGGACUUCGACAACUUCCUGACCUCCGGACCUUUCGCCGCAAGCUGAAGACGUAUCUAUUCUUCCAUGCAGGACUGGCAUAAUAAUUUUUAUGAUUAUUAUAAUUAUUACUAUUAUUAUUAAUUUUAAUGGGGUUUUUACGGUUUUAAUUUAUUUUAAUUAUGGGCCAAAUUUAAUAAAUAUUUUAAUACUGGUUUUAUUUGUAUUGAAUUUAUUUAUGGUUGGUUUUAUCUGGCUGUAAACUGCCCUGAGUCCUUCAGGAGAAGGGCGGUAUAGAAAUUAAAUGAUAAUAAUAAUAAUAAUUAAUAAUAAUAAUAAGUAUAAAUAUUAGUAUUAGUAUUAUUACUAUUAUAUAGUUAGUUCUCUCUCUGUAAGAGAAUGCAAAGAGGGCCCAGCUUCUUUGCCAGUUCCAGUAGGAGAGAUGAACUGGGACUGCACCCAGAGCCACCUGAGCCAGAGGCUGAGAGGAAAGCAGUGCAAGGCCCACAGGCAAAUGGGGGAGCGAAGAUAGGCAGGGAUGGGGGUCCUGCAGCAUCCCUGCAAUGUCAUCAGAACAUAUGACUGCAGUUGCUCUACAGCGGCCAUAAAUUUGAAAUGGGAUCCUAAGUAGCUGGGGGGGGGCGCUAUUAUAACUUGGAACAAUUACUGAGUCGAGGAGUACCUGUACUGUCCUUUGUUUUGAAUUCUUUUGCUUUAUCCAGCAGCCAUCAGAGAUAAUGUCUCACAUUCCUUAACUGGAAACAUCCGAUCUCUGUGGAAGAAUCCUAAACAGGAUUGUAACAGCAUGUGAAAUUCAGGGUAUUGUUUGCAUACUUUGUUAUGACACUUUGUGGCUCCAUUUUGGUCCAUUGCAAGAUUAUUUUCUGUCAUUAAUUGCAGCUUUUAUAGUUAUUGAUUCACCAAAGUAUUUUUCCUCUUGCCCCAUGACUCCUAAGUUUGUUCAAGAACCUUUGGUAAAGGACUUUGAAAUUAAGUCAACAAUGUCUCUUGGGUCACACUUGGGUGUUCUAAAAAUAAUGCUUAGUUAGAUCUUUUAACUGCAGAAGCCACUGAUCUUUUUAGUUUGAUCUUUAUAAUAAUUUUCCAUCAGUCAUACUUGGAUUCCUGCUUAAUCAAUGAAGUGCCUUCCUGUGUCUCUUUUGUAGAAGUAGUUUAAAGGCAAUUAUCUUUUUUCCUGAGGACCAGCAACUUCAUAUCUGAUUGAUAAGAACUCCAAGCAGGGCGCCGUGCAGGUCUUUACUGCUAAAUUAAAAAUAAACCAAAGAACUGAACUUGUU